AUGUCACCCCUACCUGGUUUUUCUGACAACCCACUGAAGUCCCGAGAUGACGUGGUGCGGGCCACAGAAGCUUUGAUCAAGCCUCUUAUUCAAUAUUUUUCUCAUGGAAAGGCAAGAGUCAAGCUUCCAGUUGCCACGGGUACCCAUUUCGAUGAAAACGCAGCACAGCUCGAGGGCUUUGCCAGGCCGUUGUGGGCUGUCGGGGCACUCUUGAUGAGCGGCGAUCCCAAUUGGGAGCUCGUUCAACCUUGGAUUGAUGGAUUCGACGCUGGCGUUGACCCAGAUCAUCCGGAAUACUGGGGCGAUAUUCAAGACUAUGACCAGCGAAUGGUCGAGGCCGAGAUGAUCUCCUUUGCACUGCUGGCAGCACCUCGACAUAUGUUGUGGGAUCGGCUUCGUCCCGAGACCCGGAAGAACCUCGUCACCUGGCUUUCAAGCAUGAAUACCAAACUAGUACAUCGAGCUAAUUGGCUCUGGUUUCGGGUGUUUACCAACCUUGCCCUUUCCCGUGUGUGUAACGUUGAUACCCCGGAGGUGCGCGAUCAAAUCGAGGACGACUUGAAAGUACUCGACACAUUCUACUUGGAGGAUGGAUGGUCCAGUGAUGGCUUGUGGAGAACUCCUGACAUAGACGACGAGGAAUAUCGGGUCUUUCGAGAGACGGGUCGAGCCAAUGCACUUCCAAACGGACGAAAUGCCUGUUUUUACUCUGGCAGUUUUGCAAUCCAGUUCAGCCAGCUGCUUUACGUAAGAUUUGCUGGCGAUCGUGAUCCUGCAAGAACAGCGAAAUAUCAACAACAAGCUCGAGACUUCGGUGCUGGCUUUUGGAGGUUUUUUAAUUUCAACGGCGCCGUGAUACCUUUCGGUCGCUCACUUACCUACCGGUUCGCCGCCGCCGGGUUCUUUGCAGCCCUUGCUCUCGCAGAUGUACCGAACAUGCCGGCACCCCUAGCGAGCCCCGGCGCUGUGAAGGGAUUUCUGCUCCGCCACUUACGAUGGUGGGCCAACAACUCAAAAGAUAUUUUCUUCCCAGAUGGGACGUUGAACCUUGGCUGGGUCUAUCCAAACAUGUAUCUUACCGAAGACUAUAACUCACCACAAUCGCCUUAUUGGUGUCUCAAAUCACUUGUGGUGGUUGCACUGUCAUCGAACAACGCCUUUUGGACUGACCCUGAAGUGCCAUAUCCCGAUGUUUCCACGGAUUCCGGCAUUAAGCUCCUGCCUGCUCCUCGGCAAAUCUUCUGUAAUCACCCGAGAGGCAACCACCAUUUCAUGCUUUCAACCGCUCAAUUCAUGGGAGUCACGUUCAAAGGCCACCAGGCGAAGUACUGCAAGUUCGCCUACUCGUCCUCCUUUGGGUUUUCAGUUCCCACAACCCAGGCAACACUUCACCAGGUUGCACCCGACAACGCCUUGAUAUUCAGCCGAGACGGGAUGGAAACAUGGGUCGGGAAAUACAAGUGCGGCGACACAACAUACGGGACGGCCGUCGUACACGGGAAAGCAAAUGAAGAGGUCGUCUCGGCUACCGUUGAAUGGUUUCCAUGGGCUGAUCGCAGUGUGACGGUGACAACGACCCUUCUCCCCCCAACUCAGCGCUGGCCGGACUGGCAUGUAAGAGUUCAUCACAUCAAAGCAGCUGGACCUCUCAGUAGGCUGUUCACAGCAGAAGGUGGUUUCGCCAUCAAUGGCCAUCAACAACGAAACACCCGUAAUCUGCUUGAGAUGGCUGAUGAUGACUUUAAUGACGCCUACGAGCUCGGCCAAGCAGAACUGAUUAUCAUCGGCGCCAACUCAGUCCUGAUUCUGGGCGAGUCAGGUGCAUCUGGAAUCAGUGCCGAUGUAAUCUCGAGUGCAUCAAUGUCGACCAAAUUUUCACCAUUAAAGCCAGAGGCCAACACCAACAUCAUGACCCAGCGCUCUCUAAUCCCCAUGAUAGAGAGCAAUAUCAUAAGCCUGGGCCGGAUUGAUGAUGUAAUCAUUGUCACCAAGGUCUUUGCUAUCUCAAGCAACGCAUAUCUAGCUAGAGGUGGUCAGGCAAGGAUUCUGAGGCAACGAUGGGCAGACCAGCCAAGCAUCCGUCUCAUGAACACACCUGGCCAAAUCCAAACCUCGGAGGACUUUAUAUCGUUAUAA